AUGGCCUGCCAAGAGUUUGACAUUGACGUCCAGGUGUCGGCAGAUUACCGGCGCUUCAAGGCUCUUCCGCGCGCCUGCUGCCCCCAGCCCUUCUUUCGGGCUCGGAAGAGGAAGAGAGAGGAGGCGGCGACAAGCAAUCGGCUCUCUUCUGAGACCCUGCCCGCGGAGCAAGCGAGGCUUCUCCAGAGCCUUGCCAAAGAUGCCCAGCAGAGGCCGGAACAUGAAAAUUGCACGGAAUGCUGCGUGAAGCGCAAUCACGCAUCGCCUCCUGUUUCCGAGGAAUUCAUGAGCGGCAGGUCCACAGAGGAGGCUCUCGCAGGUGGCUUUCUGCUGCCUGAAUCCACCUCCUGGCUCCAGGAUGACAUCUUCAGCUCUCCUGAUGGACUCCGAAGCGCUGGCCUCGUGCCGCCCGGUGGUUUUGCCGCGGCCGUGGUCGAUCCCCCCUGGCAGAGCAAGAGUCGAGGAGUCCGCUACCAGAAGUGCCAGUCGGAUGAGCUCCCACAGCUGCGCUUGGGAGAGCUCUUGGCUCCCGGCGGCCUUUGUGCCUUAUGGGUGACUAACGAUCCGAAGAAGCAGGCAUUUGUGUCGGAGAAGCUCUUCCCUGAGUGGGGGCUUCGUGAAGUUGCAUGCUGGAUAUGGAUCAAGGUGACCAACGAUGGCGAACCAGUCCUCCCCUUUGGCGCAGAUCGGCCACGGCUUCCCUUUGAGAAAGUGCUGGUGGCCAGGAGGCCUUUGGAGGAAAACGAUGGCGUCCAGGAUCCCACCGACCGGAUCUUUACGGCCGUGCCUGGGGCGCACAGCCAGAAACCCUUCCUGGAUGACUUCCUUCCCGCUGGGCCGAAACUCGAGGUCUUCGCCCGGAACUUGCGUCCCGGUUGGACAUCCUGGGGCCGGAAGCAAGACUCGUCUAAGAAGGAGCGUCCUCGAGAUGACACGCCGGACGUUGCCGAGUACCUGAUGCAAUGUGUAUGCAGUGACCAACUCAACAUACAGCUCAAGGGGGUCCUGUGCAUCAAACACAUCGCAAUGGAGGAUGUCACGUUUCAGAACUAUCUUUUGGCAUGCCCCGGCGCCUUGAAGAUCCUCGAAGACAUCGCGGCGCCUCCAAUCGUUCCCCAGGCGAGGGCUAUCGAGCCCCAGGAAGUCCGGACGGUCCGCGACGCGACGAAGACGGCCCUGGAGGCUAUUCGGACACCCCACAGCGUGGAGAAGUCGACCGCAGGUGCUUCCCUGAAAGCGCGAUGCCAGGCCGCUUCGGAAGAGGAGUUUGUGGACUCAGGUUGGAACCGCGUAAAAGGACAAGCAUUUUUCGACCUCCGCGCAGCCGAGCAAAGGUUUGCGGAGCUAGAUGGUGGCCAACAUGCCUCCAUGAUUAUCGGCCCUGGUGGCAGCACCAUCAGAUACUAUGGGACAAGAGGAGAGGUUCAGUUGCAAAUGGAGGAACACUGGGAGGAACAUUUCAAGGGGGCGAGAGGCUUGGAAGCUCUGAACAAAGCACGGAAAGGCACCGAGGUCAAGGAGGUCAAGGAGUUGGCUUCUCGGGCAUCGCAGAUGGAGUGCACCCUGCCGGGUCAGGUGCAGGAAGCCUUGGGACAAGCCACGGGCAAGCAGCUGAUGUACAUGUGUGCGAAGGGGCAUGGCUUGCGAGUCCAAGCAAGACGGGGAGCCGUCUGCGAUGUUUGCCAUCAAAAAGGCACGGCAUACUCAUGUUCUGCCGGGUGCAACUGGGACGCGUGCAAGCGCUGCGCAACAAUCCCAAACCAGGCAGAUGCGGGCAAGCAGCUUCAGGAGGCUGAUCCGGCGAGGGCCAGGGCAGAGGCGAACCGCGAGGAGGCAGCGGCAGCGGCUGAGGCCAAGAGAAAGGAGGCUGAGGCAGCAGCUGCAGAGGCUAGGCGCCAAGAGGAGAUUGACGCCAGCAAGGCAGAUGGGGGCAAGCAGCUGGCCCUCACGUGUCCGAAGGGACAUUGCUUGCAAAAGCAGCGAAUACGAAAACGGCUCUGCGAUGUGUGCCGAAUGAAUAAUCCGGAUUACCAAUGCUCUGUCGGAUGCGCAUGGGGUGCUUGUCUGAGCUGCGUUAAGGAGGCUGAUCGGGUAGCAGCUGAGAGGGCCUGGGCAGAGGCGAACCCCGAGGAGGCAGCGGCAGCGGCUGAGGCCAAGAGACAGGAGGCUGAGGCAGCAGCUGCGGAGGCCAGGCGCCGAGAGGAGAUAGAGGCGAAUGUGCCUGGAGAACUUUCGCGGCAUUUCUUGGGAGGCUACUUUCAUGGAGAGCUGCUCACGAGCAAGCAAUACCAGGAUGAUCAUUUCGAUGAGGUGGCAUCGUACAGAUACGACUCCGAAUUGAAAGCCUCUCCAGCUUCCCUAGCUCCUGGCGAGGAACCUCCUCCAACACAUGGGCCGAUUCACGUAUGGCGGCAUGCCGUCGAUCUUCGGACGAAUGGAGAGCUUCAGGACAUCAUGGUCCUCUACCACUAUACUGGAAUGACGGGUUUCAUGAAUGUGGCAAGCCUGGAGCAGAGCAUGGCCGAGCUGCGUGCAUCCUUGGUUGAUGAGCGCGCACACUUCGGAUUUGGUAUUUAUGCCAGCCAGCACGAGCCUGCCGUAUGGGGCUCCCGCAUGCGCAUUGUGCUCAACAACUUUAGCAAUGCGAGCCCUUUCAGCGACCUCAACGGUGCAGAAGCCGAGCUGCGAAACAGGGAGUGGGGAGAUGGCAGAGGAAACGACCACCGCGGGAUGUAUUGCAUCCCCAUCCUCGUCAACCGAUCCAUGGCGUACAAUAUCUUCCAGCGGCAGACGCCUGAGUUCGCUGCAAAGACGGUUGAGGAGGGGGGCCAGCGACGCCAGAUCCGAUUGGGUGAAGACUACAAGGGCCGCCCGGUGGACCGAGAGCGAGACGUUUGGGUGCUUCGAGUCACGGAUGAUCGUGGAGAAGUCUGCAAUGGAACCGCUGAUUCGGAUCUCGUUUUGGACAUCCUCCGGGCUCACAUCAAGCGCGACAACAGGAAUUUCGUGGCAAAGUGGUACUACCAGAGCGAGCUUGCGCAGGUCUUCCAAGCACAAGGAAAUUGGCGACUGGCAAAGGAAUGUCAGGCCUGCGAGGCACACAACGCAGUGACACAUCGUGAGAUGCGGGUUCGUACCUGUGCCGUGGUGGCCUUGCGCGUGGCGGUGGAGAUUGCAACGGCUAAACUGGACAGGGUCCUUUCGAACGAUCGGGAUGGUGACGCAGUCUGUGAAAAGUUGAGCAAGGGCUUGGAGCGUUUCCCAAAAGACCACCCGGAGUAUGAUCGGAGCCGCUCCUCCAUGGCAGCUUACUUUCGAUCACGGGGCAAAGUUGCGGACGCGGAGAAGAUCAUACGAUCUGUCGCGCAGGCUUGUGGGAAGAGCCUUGGCGAAACACAUCCGCGCACGCUGUCUGCCAAGCGUGACUUGGGUAUAGUUCUCCAUGAGAUGGCUGCGACACAGGAGGCGGAAGAAGUCUUCCGGGAGGUCUUGCAGACCCGAAAUGCGCGUCUGGGCGACGACCACAUGGCCACCACUCAGAGCUGCAACGACUUGGCUUUGCUGCUGAAAGAUCUGGGGCAAGUGGCCGAGGCCGAGGAAUUGAGUCGCCGAGCGAUCCGGUCCGGUGAAAAGAGUCUGGGGAAGGAACAUCGACACGUCGUCCUGUACCGGCACAACCUUGGCCUCAUCCUGGGGAAGAAGGGCCAGUUCAAAGAGGCUUUUAGCAUCCUGAACAAAGUAAAGGAGUAUCGUUGGUUCUCUCGAGAGGAGAAAGACCUCAUGCAAAGCAACUGUGACAUGGCCGAGUUGUUGUCAGCAAGAGGGCACCAUGACGAGGCCCUGGAACAUCACACAGAAGCUUGGGCAGCACGCGAACUUGACAAAGUCAACCAGCAAAAAAUUGGCCACCCUUGGGAUCUGAAGUACCGCCACGACCGGGCUGUGAUAAGAGCAAGGAUGGGCGACCCCGAUAAAGCGCUGCGAUUCUACGUGGAAUGUGCUACAGAAAGUUGGAGGCACCAUGGCCCCACGGCUUUCUUGACGAAGCGGUAUUGCCACACCUUGGCGGAGUUUCUCAAGGAGCAGGGGGAACCGCGACAAGCAGACCUGGUGUUGGAGAAGCUUGCUUCAGAAACAGGCGUCCACCUUUUCAAUGGCCUUCAUCUCAAUUAA